AUGGUCCGCCUACCUGAUCUAGUUCGCGACUCGAAAUUAGAGACCCGAUUUGCCCCCGACUUCAGCGUUGAGACAGUACACACCUAUCACGAGUCCGAACCCGCUCGACGCCGACUUGUCUCGAUAUCAGAGCACUGGAAAAGAGAAGGGAAAGUCGGUGGCGGCGGCUACUCAACCGUCUGGGUAGAAAGAUGUGGGAAGGUUUCACGACAUGGUAUCCAAGUGCGAGCUGUGAAGCAGAUCGAGACAGGGGGCCGGUUUGCCCGCAUUGAUUUCAACCGCGAAUUAGAGGCUAUUGCUAAGUUCUCUCAUCCAAAGGUACGUGACCGUAUAAUACCUUUCCAGUAUGUUACUAAUGUACACAUAAAGUAUGAAAGAUGCUUCGUCAAAUCUUUCGGAUGGUACAACACCCCCCAGAACCUCUUCAUUACGAUGGAAUAUCUCAAGCUAGGCGAUCUACAUGACUACCUCCUUGAUAAACCUCCGCUAUCAGAGAUCCAAGCACAGGAUAUCUCAUAUCAAAUACUUGAAGGCCUCCAUAUGAUGCAUGAAAACGAGUUCAUGCACCGUGAUCUGAAACCGAAAAACAUUCUCAUCAAAUCCCAUCCACCUCAGCAGGAAUGGUGGGUCAAAAUUGCGGAUUUUGGUAUAAGCAAAAGAAUGGAAGAAUCUCCUGAAACGUCGACAACACUAAGGGGCACCACUGGCUUCAUCGCUCCUGAACUAUACGGUUUCAUUGAUCGGGGCAGCCUUUAUUCACCGGAUAUCUGGUCAUUGGGGGAAGUUAUCUUCCAAAUACUCACCAAAAGGCCUGCCUUCAAACCCAUUGGUCAACUGUCUUUAUACGCGCGACAACCGGAGAUGUUCCCAAGCUUAGCUCUCAGCGAUGCGGGUGUUACCGAGAUUGGCAUCGAGUUUGUGCGAUCCUUGAUGUGUCCUGAGCCUGGUGGUCGUUUAACAACUGAAACGGCACUUAAGCACGCAUGGAUGCAACCGCCAAACUCAAGGCUGAAUUUGGACCGCUUUUAUCAGAGAUGUUAUGAACCGCCAGACUUUCUAACAAAUCCUUAUCAACGUGCAGCCUAUUUCAAUCGACUUCCAGCAGAUGCAGCAAAUGGGAAACCCAACUCAAGGCCGAAUUUAGACCCUUAUCCGAGACCUUAUGAGCCGCCA